AUGUUUGCUCCGACGUCGGUAUAUGCCUAUCCGCAUCACAACUCGGCGGCAGAUGAUGACGAUGGGUCGAUGAGCAUGCACAAUAAUGAAGGUAAAGGGCAGUGCAUGGUUUGCGGGGAUCGGUCAGCCGGCAAGCAUUAUGGCGUGAUGGCGUGCUAUGGAUGCAAGGGAUUCUUUCGACGGACCAUUCGAUCCGCACAGACAUAUGCUUGCAGGUUUCAGCAAAAGUGCUCUAUUGAUAAAGAUCAGCGAAACGCAUGCCGAUAUUGUCGAUUUCAACGAUGUCUGAAUGUGGGUAUGGAGCCCGAAGCGAUUCGGCCGGAUCGCGAUGUCAUUGGGAAGCAGAAGAAUCCGAGAAAGAAGAAGAUGAAGAGCGAUGAAGCUUCUUCUCUACCUUCGCCGGGAUGCGACUCACCGGCUUCGAACAACGAGGAUGCCAUUAUCUCAUUCCUGAUGGACAUUGAAGAGCAGGCGUCGGGCGGUCGGAUGUCGUCGGAAACGCCGAUCGGCAUCAACAUUGUCAAAUCGGAUCCGGAUUUCGACGCGGCGACACUAUUCCAUAGUCAGUUCAUCAGAAGUCAGGAGACGUUUCAGGUAAAAAUAAAUUAUUGCGCUGGUCGUUCUGCUUCUGUUGAGAAACUAAUUGAAGCUCUUCGACGCUAUGUUUUAUCCGCCGUUCAUUGGAUAGACGCCUUAUUCGGACUGGCCAAUUGCAGCGACGUUAACGAGAAGGUGUGCCUUCUGAAAUCGAUAAUCGGCCCUUAUACGGUAUUCAACAUCGCCGCGCGAACCGCGCAAGUCUCCGACGCCGACGUCAUUUGCCUUUGCAAUCGGAGUACGGUGCCACGACAUCCCGCGCGCCAUCUCCUUGAUACCAAUCUUGUCAGCAACAAUUUUGUGGGGCGCGUCAUCGACGAUCUCGUGAUUCCGACGAAAAAACUGCGACUCACCAACAAUGAGAUAAUCGUUCUGUCAGCGCUAAUCAUCUUGGAGCCUGAUGUGCGUGGCCUGUCGCCGGAAACCACAAUGGCGCUCUCCGGUCUCAGGGAUCGAGUACAAAAUGCAUUGUUUAAUAUGAUACGAGAUAGCUUUCCGAAUAUGCAGCAAGUUACGAGUCGAUUCGGAAAUCUCUUAUUAUUACUCCCACCAUUAGCGAAGUUAAGCUCGCUUAUCGGUGAGAACGUACAACUGGCAAUGAUGUUCGGCAUUUCGAUCGACUCGCUUCUCGUCGAACUCUAUGCUGACAUCAAUCAACCCGAGGUGAUCUCGACGAGCUGUUCGAGCCGUGACAAGAGCGACGUCUCCACACAGACAAAUGUCGAAGGGCAGCUUGUCAGUGUGAAGGAAGAAGGAGACGAGACGCCAAAUUCGAGCACCGAGGAGAAUCCCAAUGUGGCAAAUAUUGCUGCGGACAUUCUCGGACUACUUCCAACGUUCGAUAUGUCAACAGUUGCCAAUUGUCAAUCAAUGUUGCCUCCUGCCAACUCCUACAGUAAUCCAUUCUAUUUCCCACCAAAUACGGAAGGCUCGAGUCAAUUUCUACCGCAUUCAGCACCGGUUCUGCCCAACACCUACUCGAACACAUUCUUCGAUAACACGAGUGUCCAAACCACUAGUACACCUCAAAAUCAGCAAUUUCAAUUUUCUUAA